AUGGUUCUGCACCUACUAAAUCAAUUAAAGAUUACCAAUAAUCACAUAUAUUCAAAUAUAGUGCCUCAAGAUUUGGAUAAGAGAACCAUUCGAGUCAAGCCUACCAAUGACUAUUCUUUGAAAAGUAUGAUAAAAAAGAAUACUCAUCAAAAACCAACAAUAACAAAGACAAACUCCAUCACCAAAAUAAGACCUGUUCAGGAUAAUAAUAGUAUCAAAAGAGGGAAUAGAAAUUUUAGGAAUGGAAAUGUUUUUGUGAAGUUAACGAAAAAGAAAUAUAUUGUUGUUAUUAAUUAUGACAAAACAAAGCUAUCAACAACGACAACAACAAUAAGAUCAAAGUCAGGAGUAAUACCACUGCUACUACCUCAUAGUGCAUCCUACAAACCAGAAACUCAAUUUGAUACAUCUUUGUCGUCGGAAAUACCAUUACCUUAUAAAGGAAUAUUAAAGUACCCUGAUUGCGUUAUCAAUAACACUGACCCCACAAAACUAGAUACAGAAAGGUUUAACAAAUUUCUUAAUGAAGGAAUAGUAUUACGAAACAAAACCACAAGCCAUUGUGAAAUAGAAUCACCGGCCUCAUCUAAUUUACCUAAUCAAUUAAUAAACGAAUCAAAUCAAAGUACAGAAUCUACUCCGGUGCCUAGUUUUUCAAAUUUAAACAAAUCCAAAAUAAAUCGGAUAGUACUAAGAGAUUUUGAAAUCAACACUUGGUAUAUUGCUCCAUAUCCAGAAGAAUAUUCUCAAUGUGAAGUAUUAUACAUUUGCGAGUAUUGUCUCAAAUAUAUGAAUUCGCCAAUGUCAUAUCGACGACAUCAAUUGAAAAAUUGUAAUUUUUCAAACAAUCAUCCACCAGGAUUAGAAAUUUAUCGUGAUCCAAAAAAUAAAAUUCUGAUUUGGGAAGUUGACGGAAGGAAAAAUAUCAGCUAUUGUCAAAAUUUAUGUUUAUUAGCCAAAUUAUUCCUCAAUUCCAAAACUUUGUAUUAUGAUGUGGAACCAUUUAUUUUUUAUGUAUUAACGGAAAUUGAUGAAAAAAAUCCUUCAAAUUAUCACUUUGUUGGAUAUUUUCUGAAGGAAAAAUUGAACAGUUCUGAUUAUAAUGUUUCAUGUAUUUUAACUUUACCAAUUUAUCAAAGAAAAGGGUAUGGGAAUUUAUUGAUUGAUUUCAGUUAUUUAUUAAGUCGAAAUGAAUUCAAAUAUGGAACUCCUGAAAAACCACUCAGUGAUUUGGGCUUAUUAAGUUAUAGAAAUUACUGGAGAGUAACAAUUGCUUAUAAAUUGAAACAAAUUUACGAUAAAUACUUGGCAAACAAUGCCAAUGGCGAUAGCAACAAUUCAAGGCUAAGUCUAUCGGUUGAUAUACUAUGUAAGUUGACUGGUAUGAUACCGUCCGAUGUUAUUGUGGGGUUAGAGCAAUUGGAUUCAUUAGUAAGAAAUCCAUUAACUCAUACUUAUGCCAUUGUGAUAAACUUGGAGAAAAUAAACACUGAAAUUGCCAAAUGGGAAAAGAAACUGUACACUAAAUUAGACUAUGAGAAAUUAUUAUGGAAACCAAUGUUAUUUGGUCCCAGUGGUGGAAUCAAUUCUGCACCAUCACUUCAACCACAAUCACAUCCAGAACAACCAGGAACGACAAUGUCAACUGGAGAAGGUGCUGUAGCAGUUCAUUCAAAACCAGUAAUCCCCCAAAAUAGUAUUUCUUUAAUAACAAACUUUUUGAAAGAUGACAUCAAUAAUCCUUACACAUUUGAAGAAGAAGGUUUUAAAGAAAUUGAAGCUCACAGAGAAACAGAGAAUGACGAAAUAAAGAAUGCAAGCCUUGUGGAAUAUGUUACAUGUUAUCCAGGAAUAGUAGUAAACAAUCAUAUUAGUAGUGGUAGUGGUGGUGGUGGUGGUGGUAGUGGUGGUGGUAGUGGCAGUGAACUGAAUGGUUCAAAUGGUCAAACUAAAAGUAAUGAAAAGGUGUUCAAGAAAAGCAAAAAAUUUACCGUCGAAGAUGAUGAAAUUGAAGAAAUAUUUGAAAUUGAUGAACUUUCAAGUAAUGAUGAAAAUGAGCCGGAUUUUGAAAACGAUGACAAUGACAACGACAACGACGAGGAGGAGGAGGAGGAGGAUGAAUUGGAUGAUUUUGUGGAUGACGAUGAGGUAAUGGAGAUCAAAGAGAACUAUUCUGAUGAGGAUGUUUCUGAAGAUAUAAUUGAGCUUAUUGACGAUGAUGAUGAUGAUGAGGAUGAUGAAGAGGAUUGGGGAAGAACUUGGAAGCGAAGGGCACCAUCACCGCCCAAGAGAAAAACUGCCAAUGUAUUGGCUAGUAACAGAAAACCAAGAAGUAGAGGGAGACCAAGAGGAACAUUCAAAUUAAAACCUCAAGAUUUGGGACCAUAA